AUGAAGUCCCUCCUGUUUCUCGCCGCGGCACUUGCUGGUCUUGCAGCAGCAUCGCCAUUUACUCCACGAGCAGCUCCCGACUCAGGAAGAGCACGCUUCAUGUUGCAGGUUGAGUCUGACACAACUGCUCUAGCAAAUCAAUGGGUGUCUCUCGAAAGCGGAGCAAUUAGCUACACCCUGUCAAAUUCCCAGAGUCAAGCCAGCCAAUUCUAUGUGACUAAGUACGAUCCAACUGGCACCUGGAGCCUGAAUGCAAUCGACAAUUUGACGCACCAGGUCGCCCUCCAAGGGCCUAAUAACGUUCUUCUCUACGCGAUCCAGAUGUCAAGUUAUACUAUCCCAUGCGGCGUCCAGAUGCAGUGGGCAACAUUCACCAAGGACAACGGUGUUUUGGGGGUGAGCGAUGGGAGUAGCUUGAAGGACCGAACGUUUGUAGCUGUCCAGCGCAAUGGGGGUACCUAUAGUGUAGCGCUAUACGAUGGAGUCAGUGAUACCAAAGAGAGCAUUACUCCCGUGACUCUGAAACUCGUGAAAGUAGAAGGCAGUGGUUCUGAGAAGUAG